AUGGAGCAGUACGAGUGUCUUCAGUGUGUCUACUUCCAUUUACAGCUGAUCCCGUUCUUCCAACAGGUCACCGGAAUCAACGUCAUCGCCUUCUACGCUCCCCUGCUCUUCCGAACAAUCGGAAUGGGAGAGAGCGCUUCUCUGAUGUCAGCCAUCCUCAUCGGCGCCGUCGGGAUCGGGACGGCGUUCCUGUCGAUGGUGAUCGUUGAUAGAGUCGGGAGGAUGCCUCUGUUCUUGUUCGGCGGGGUGCUAAUGUUCGUCUCGCAGGUGCUUGUGGGAGCAAUUAUAGCGGCGUAG